CUUGGAAGUGACACAAUGUCAACUGGGGAGUUAAUUGAGCUACGUGACCUGAAUCCAGGGAGCGAGCCGAUACGGCUGACAGGAGCGAGUUUGCCCCGCUCCCCUCCACGCUUAGAGAGAGCCAACGCACUGAGAAUCAGCCCAGGAAAGGUGCCGGAUCUGCUAAGCCGGGUGGGCAUUAUACGAGUCCAAAGCAGCUGUGAAUUGGACCAGCACCAGGCGGAAGAGAGCGGGGAGGGCCACGACUUCCAGCCCUACAGCAACACUCAGCCAACGUGGUGCGACCUGUGCGGGGACUUCAUCUGGGGUCUUUACAAACAAAGUUUGCGCUGUGCAAAUUGCAAGUUCACCUGCCAUUAUCGCUGCCGCCCCCUGAUCCGCUUGGACUGUAGUUGGGACCGAGGUUCUUCCACUGACUACACAUUGGUUGUGGAGCACACCAUCGAAACAGACUCUAAUGUGGAUGAACCAACUGAGUGUAGCAAACAAGCGUUGACGACUGCUGAUACUCAGAAGAUGGUCAAGGAGUACAACUCUCAGAUCAAUAGCAAUCUGUUCAUGAACGCGAACAAAGACGGUUCCUACACGGGUUUCAUCAAAGUGCAAUUCAAGCUGGCGCGUCCCGUGUCGGUCAUGCAUCCGAAGAAAGUAGCACAGAAUGCUGGCUCCAGGAAGGGCUCUGGUGUGAAAAGGCGCACCUCUUUUUACCUGCCUAAGGACGCGUCCAAACACCUGCACAUAAGCUCCCGGACGUCUGCACGCGAAGUCAUCGAGGCCUUGUUGAAAAAGUUCACAGUGGUAGACAACCCCGGCAAGUUUGCGCUGUUUGAGCGCAGUGAGCGUCAUGACCAAGUUUACAUUCGUAAGCUGUCUGAUAAUGAGCGACCUCUACCGCUACGACUCUAUGCUGGACCCAAUGAAAAAAUGUUGAGCUUUGUUCUAAAGGAGAACGAGACUGGAGAUGUCAACUGGGACGCCUUCUCCACCCCAGAACUGAAGAACUUCCUGCUCAUUCUCCAGCGUGAAGAAGAGGAGCACAUCAAGCAGAUCGUGCAGCGCUACAAAGUGGCUCGAGCUAAGAUGGAAGAGGCCUUGCGCAGCUGCACCCCAGGAUGA